CUAGUCGGCCAGUAUUUUUUCCGGUUACUUAGUGCCCGCCAAAAUUCAAAGCAGGCGUUUAUGUAUUUCGUGCAUCGUUUAGCAAUAGAAGCAGCGGACCGAUUUUUAUCCCAGUCUGUAGUGGGGCAUUUCCAACGAUGUUGCAGAGUUUUGAAUUUCCUUACUUUUACGAUCUAUUACUCAAUUGUAUACUUAUCGUAUAGCCCUAUAGUUAACUAUGAAACAAGAAAGGUAAAAAGUAAUAGUGUUAAAAUGUAAAGCAUUUCAGUUUGGCGUUUGAUAAAGCGCGACCUAUGAUCAGGUGAGCAAUCUACAACGUAACUCUGGCUAUUUCUGUCGAAGAUAAUUAAUGGGAAUGACGAGAACCCGCUUCUCAGGAUGACCACUCGCGUACCUGCAAUAAGCAUCCGGUGUGUUAAGAUUUGAAUAAAAAGCGAAGCAGACUUAUCAUUUCACCGCAAUUAAAGAUAUCGCUUAUUAAAGUAUUUUAGAGCCAAGCGGAUCAGCGCGGCGCGGUGCUACAACGUUCCAAUAUGUGUAUUGCAACGACCGUGAGAGCGGCUAUAAAAGGUCGGGCUUAUGAUAAAUUUGAGUGACUGAAUGGACAGCAAAGCAGACACAAUAAGCUUUUUUUUUUUUUAUUAUACCGUCCGCGUUCAUGAAAAUGAUUCCUUUAUGUCAACUACUUGCUUCAAGUGACAUCUUUACUAGAAGUCUUGCUAAUUCACCAGCAUAUCACCAUUCAUUUUCUAAGCGGCUUUUAAAAGCCGCUUAGAUAAAUUCAAUGGCCCCAAAAUCGAGUGCUAUUACUGAGCAGGGUACUUCUUGUGUGUAUGUUUUUGAGUACGCACAUUUAGUUAUUGCUAUUCAAUGCAAGCAUGUGUCUCAGUUCGGCUAAUCAGAUCGAUUCAUUAAAUUAUCUAACGAGAAGAAUACCAUCCUUUAAGAAUGAACGAGUAGAUACAGCGUAACGAAGGUACUCAAACUGAAACUUUUUCAGUGAAGUGGAUAAAAGUUCAGAAGCACCUGCUGCUGCUGCUGCAGCUGCACUUCAUCCUGCUGCAGUUGACUGACAGAUCGGAUUUUGUUUAUUUUCAUUUGGAUUGCCGAUACCAAAUGGUCAAAUGAUUACACAACCAAUACAAUAUAGACUAAUUACUGAUAUAAUAGCAAAUAAGGUAUUCUCAACUGUGGGAAAAUGCACGAACUCGAUCAAAAUAUGAUCUGGACAUGUCACGAUUGCUGUUCUAUUAAAAUGGCAUAGAAACAUGUGAUUUUUGUAAAUAAUGCUGCUGAAUACUACCUUUAUUGUCAUGCAGAGUAUGUUUUGUUUUAAACCUGUAGGUUAUCACGCGAGCUCUUUAUACAAAGGUAUAUUACAGUCAUUCGUUUGGCUUUCAUAGUUAAACUUAAGACUACUUGUUCUCUUAACUGCCUUUUAUUAGUUCCUGCGUGACGCAGACGAGGAAACCGUGUCACGGAGAUCGUGUCAUCUGGACUGGCGCAUGUAGAGACAGCUCAACCAUCAUACCCAUAUCUCUGUAAACUCUAGAGACGUUCGCCAUGUUGAAGCCUCUUGUUGUUAAAUCAUUUCUUGCAGACAUGUGGGAGAAACAAUGCCUUGAGGUAUUUCCAUUAUCUCGUUUUUUUCUUCAUUCAGAUUAAGUUGUUCUUUGUGGGCAUGCCGUUGUGUUUGCAAUGACGCUGCUGCCACAACUUACGGAUCCGUUCAUCAGCCAUGCAUAUGGUUAAUCGAUUGAUUCUUACAUAUCUGUUGUCUAUAUGUUUUAGGUAGUGAAAAAUCAAAAUGUAUUACCAUCCUUGCUGGUAUGUAACACUGUUAAUGUCAACUAAAUAUCUAUGUGAUAAUAUCGAUCUUACUGGAGCUUGUGCGCAGAUUUAAUAAGCCAUUUCGUUUGUGGGCUAAAUGUCUCGUGAAAGAAACCUGCUUGCUUAAAGAUUGCUUAUUGGCAAUACCCGUUCAACAUGAAACAUAUAAAGAAAAAUAUACCUUACCGCUACUUCUAGUCUUCACAGUCGUUUCGAAACAGUUAUAAGUAAUAGUCUUUUUUCCUUCGACGUACGAAACAGGUUUCGCAUCGAGGCGAUAUCGCUGUGGUCUCUGGUGGACAAAUCCAUGCGUGGUCGCUUCCUCGCUACCCAACUGACAAACUUUUCCCCUUUAGCCUAGCCAUGGUCAUUUCUGCGGAAAUCGCCCUCGAUCUCACCGCUGCCAGGAAUGAUGCAACGAAAUGUACUUGAAUCUCGAUUGAGUAACAAUCAGGCGAUGUCGCUUUACCUCGACGCGACGAUGAGUCCCGAAGAUGAACAUCACGACGCGCAGCAUCGAGCCUUUAAAAUGGCGCGGUGGUCACCGCCUGUGCUUGGGGCAACCGAAUGUCUAUUAACAACUCUACAAAAUGAUCACAAUCUGCGCAUACACCGAUUUGUACAACAAGAGUGGAAGACCGUGCUCAACAUCGCUGAAAAUUUCGCUGACUUUGUCAGGUCCGAACUUCGCGACGAGAUCUCUCAGUUACGAUCGUACAACGUUAUGUGGGAGUACUUCAUUCACCUGCGUUCAAUUGUUUAUCGUAUGGCAAUCGUCAACUUUACAUGGGCUAGUCCCGCAUUUUUCGAGCGUCGGAUACAUACGGUCAUAGCCUUAAAGGACGGAUCAUUGCGAUUCGCUACCGUACAGGUGGCCGAGGAAGCUCUUGAUUUGAGCUUUUCGCCAUCGAUUUGUAAGCCGAUUGAGUUUGAACCAGGACCAAAUUUUACAGCUGUUGUGUGUCUUCGCUGCGUCGCUCUUAAUGAAGAUUCGUUUCUUGUGUUGGCUGGCUAUUCAAAUGGAAUGUGUUUCGCCAUUCGCAUGCAACGGGAAUCUGCGUACGAGUUUGGCGGUUGUGUUACUCUAUGGGGAGAGGACGAUGACAUUUCGGCUCGAGACAUGUUUGUAACGGUACAGGAUGAGAGAAUCGUUGUAACCAUUGUCAAGGGUGUUUGGCUGUGUAUAGCCACAUUAGAUGUCGAAACAUGUCAACUUCGGGGUGAGGUACUUCCAAUACGAACCGCUGGACGGUCGGACUGUUUAUCGUGUCAUCAGACAAACAUGUUUGCCACCGAGGAGUGUUUGCAACGAUUGUUCCUCGUUUACCCUAACGGUAAAUCGUUACUGGCCGAAAUCGCUCAAGAUCUUGCCGUGGAAGUUCGAGAUCUUGGUCUAGAAGUAACGGCAGGCUAUCAGGUAUAUGGCAGUGGAGAAAGCGCCAACGGCGCUUUGCUUUACAUUGUUGAAAGAAUGUCAGUGAUGUCCGACAAGCUUCUGCUAACCGGCGCCAAUAAACUGAAAGUGAUUUCAACAGUGCCGCUUGAAAGCGCGGCCGCCACUAUCUUGCACAUGUUUCGUGAGGAGCAAACAGUGUUAAAUCAUAUUAAGGACUAUCUUGAUAUCGUCUAUCUUAAUUUUCAGAGCUCGCAGCGCUUACCUGAAGAUAUAGCUGUAUUUAUCCGAGAAUGCUCGGAACCAAAUAGUAUAGCACGUCUCACAACUUCCCAGAUUCUACUAAGUAGCCUCAUACUCAAAUGGAGUCCGCAGGACUCCGCGAACGCUGCUGAGAAUAGUGCUACCUUGGCUCUUUUUGCACAUGAAGUGUUGCGCAGGCGCUACCAGUUUCUGUUAGCUAAUAAUUAUACUUCGGAGGGUUUGACCGAUGCCCAACAAAAGUCGCUUGUACAUUUUGCCGAUUUCCUACUUGAGUCCGAUUAUGACCUAGCAGAGAAAGCGUACCGUGCUCUCAAGGUCUCACCAUCUACGACGGAGCAACGAAGGUCGAGGGACUCCUGCGAGCUGUGCGGUGAACCUGUUGUAUUAGACAUGAGCGCCGUCUCGUCAUGCGUGUGCAGUCGCGGCCACCAAACGGGCCGUUGUAUGUAUAGCCUUCUGAUUUGCCGAACUGCCGAUUUAAUGAGUAAAUGUCUUACCUGCGGAAGGUUCGCGCUCAGAAACGAUGUUUGGGAACGGCCGGUCGAGUGCUUGCUCUGCGGACUUCCCAUGGUACCAUACCCGUAAGAAACCAUAACAAGUACUAGCAAUCUGCAAAUGGCUUACUCUUUGUAAAUGUACGCUUGUAUAAUUAGGGGCACUUUCCAAAGUCUUGUUUCAAUAAUGUAAAUAUAAUGUAGUUCAAUGUGAUGUUCGGAAUGAAAGCAGAGAUCUGUUGUAUACUUUUAUAUGGUGUUUUUAUUUAUUCUAAUUAAUUCUGUUUAGAAGUCUGAGUGAAGUAGUCUAUUUGACGAAAAUACAUAUUAUAAUUUCUAAAUCUCAAGUUGGACAAACUUUGUGGCCGCCUUAUCCAAAGUUAUGUGCCACCUUUUCAACUCGUGUUGUAAUGACUGCUUUGUAUAAUGGCUAAAAUAUAAUCUUAUUUCUAGCCCGUCAUAUAUAAUUUUGGAUGUACCUCAAAAUUAUCACCGUUCGUUACUGGUAAAAAAUCGUGUAAUGUAUUUGCAUUUCAAUGUGGUGCGAUAUAAAGUUCAGUGCUACAAUAUAACUUGA